UGAAAGAUACCCCCAGGGGUGCCCGAGAGGGGGGGAGGAUGAGCACCCCACACGGACGGACCUUCUGGUACAGAACAUGAGCAACGGAUUAACGACAACGAGAGUAUCCUGUAUGUGUGGCAAAAGCUGCAAGAACCUAAGAGGUCUGAGGAUCCAUCAGACGAAGAUGGGCUGUACAAGGAGGAAGCAAGCAGAGCAACGCACAGAGGCAGUGCACAGCACGGCCCCUGGUGAGACGGAGGAGGAGCAGGACCCGGAGUCAACCCACAGUGUCCAGAACCUCCAAGCUCAGCUCGCCCCACCCAACAAUCCAUCCGAACAUCGCAGGGUCUUGUGGCCAGCAGCACACAAGGAGUCUGAGUGGCGCCAGUUCGACGAAGACGUAGACGGUGCUGUGGAGGCAUCAUCGAGAGGGGGUGUAGACCAACAGCUCCAAACGAUGUGCACCUUCAUCGUCUGCAUCGGUGCUGAGCGAUUUGGUGUUAAACAGCCAAAGGCCAAGAACGCAGCCAGGCCCAAUAGGCGAGAGAACAAGAUCACCGCACUCAGGAGAGACUUGAAAGCCCUUAAAAAGCGUUUCAAGAAGGCGAGCGAGGAAGAGAGGCCCGCCCUGGUUGAGCUCAGAGUUAUCCUCAGGAAGAAGCUCAUCUCACUACGUCGCGCUGAGUGGCACAGGAGGAAGGGUAGAGAGAGGGCCCGCAAGCACACUGCCUUCAUAGCCAACCCCUUCGGGUUUACUAAGAAGCUGCUAGGGCAGAAGCGGAGUGGAAUCCUUACCUGCCCAGAGGAUGACAUCAAUCACCACCUCUCUGAAACCUACAGCGACCGGCAGAGAGAGGAAGACCUGGGCCCCUGUAGAGAACUGAUUUCACCACCGCUACCAUCCAGCCAAUUCAACACCAAAGAGCCAACGCUGACAGAAGUCAAGAACACAGUCAGGGCUGCACGGACAAGUGCAGCACCUGGGCCGAGCGGCGUGCCAUACAAAGUCUACAAGCAUUGCCCAAGACUUCUGCAGAGGUUGUGGAGAAUCAUCAGGGUAGUGUGGCGAAGAGGGAGGGUAGCCAAGCAGUGGAGGCAUGCCGAAGGUGUAUGGAUACCAAAGGAGGAAAAUGCAAGUGACAUCUCGCAGUUCCGUACCAUCUCACUGCUCAGCGUAGAGGGCAAGAUCUUCUUUAAGAUCCUUGCCAAUCGCAUGACUGAUUUCCUCCUGAGGAAUUCCUACAUCGACACCAGCGUGCAGAAGGGAGGAAUUCCAGGCUUUCCAGGCUGCAUUGAACACACUGGAGUGGUCACCCAGCUAAUCCGAGAGGCUAGAGAGAACCGAGGGGAUUUGUCAGUCAUCUGGCUUGACCUGGCAAACGCCUACGGAUCGAUCCCCCACAAGCUGGUGACCAAGGCCUUGACAAUGCACCAUGUCCCGCAGAAGAUCACAGAUCUCAUACAGGACUACUACAGCAGUUUUAGUAUGAGAUUUACAUCUGGAUCUACAACAUCAGCAUGGCACCGCCUAGAAAAAGGCAUCAUCACUGGUUGCACCAUAUCAGUGACGCUGUUUGCUCUGGCGAUGACCAUGCUUGUCAAGGCUGCAGAGGUGGAAUGUAGAGGGCCUCUAUCCAGAUCUGGCACUCGCCAACCGCCAAUUAGAGCCUUUAUGGAUGACCUAACAGUCACAGCAACAUCUGUGCCAGGGUGCCGCUGGCUCCUUAAAGGUCUCGAAAGGCUAACAUCUUGGGCGAGAAUGACAUUCAAGCCAGCAAAAUGCCGAUCCCUUGUGCUGAGGAAGGGAAGAGUGGAGGACAAAUUCCGCUUCCACAUGAACGGUCUCCAAAUCCCAUCAUUGACGGAGAAGCCGGUGAAGAGCCUGGGGAAGCUCUUUGACGCAACCCUGAGAGACACAGCAGCAAUCCAGGCCAUGCAUGCGGAGCUGAAAACAUGGCUUGCGGCAGUGGACAGGUCAGGCCUCCCUGGGAAAUUUAAAGCCUGGAUAUAUCAGCAUGGCAUCCUGCCAAGGCUCCUGUGGCCACUACUGAUGUACCAGGUCCCAGUUACAACAGUGGAGACCCUGGAGAGAAACAUCAGCCAGUUCCUGCGCAGGUGGCUGGGCCUGCCGAAGAGCCUUAGCUGCAUUGCCCUAUAUGGACACACCAACAAGCUGCAGCUCCCGUUCUCAGGCCUGACAGAGGAAUUCAAAGUAACAAGAGCCAGGGAGGUGUUACUGUACAGAGACUCAGCCGACACCAGAGUCUCCUCUGCAGGCGUAGAGGUCAGGACGGGACGGAAGUGGAAAGCGCAGGAGGCAGUUCAGCAGGCAGAGGCAAGGUUGCAGCACAGUGUGUUAGUAGGCUCAGUGGCGGUUGGGCGAGCAGGACUAGGCUGCCAUAAGACUCUGCGCUAUGACAAAGUGCAGGGGAGGGACAGACGGCAGAUGGUCCAGGGAGAGGUCCGGGCAGAGGUGGAAGAGGAGCGGCGCAGCAAAACAGUGGCCAUGCGUCAGCAGGGGGCUUGGAUCAAUUGGGAGCAUGCACUGACUCGGAAGAUCACCUGGUCAGAACUUUGGAGGUCAGAGCCAGCAAGACUCAAGUUUCUGAUCCAGUCAGUGUAUGAUGUCCUACCAAGUCCAGCCAAUCUGCAUUGCUGGGGGCUAGCUGAAGCACCAUCUUGUCCUCUAUGCCCGGCAAGAGGAUCGCUGGAGCACAUCUUAAGCUGCUGCCCGAAAGCUCUGGGAGAGGGGAGGUACAGAUGGCGCCAUGACCAGGUGCUGAAGGCAGUAGCGGACACCAUCUGUGCUGGAAUCCAGCAAAGCAAGCACCAGCCCUUAGCAAGGCCACACAUUGCCUUCGUCAGGGCCGGAGAGAGGCCUCAGUCACAGCCAAAGGUCCCAGCUGGGCUACUAUCCACAGCGGGUGACUGGCAGCUGAAGGUGGACCUGGGGAGUCAAUUGAAGUUUCCGCAGCACAUCACCAGCACUACACUCAGGCCAGACAUGGUCCUUACAUCAGAGAGUACAAAGCAGGUGGUGCUGUUGGAACUCACAGUCCCCUGGGAAGACCGGAUUGAGGAGGCCUUUGAGCGGAAAAAGGCGAAGUACCUGGAGCUGGUGGACGACUGCAGGCUGAAAGGAUGGAGGGCCCGCUGUGAGCCAAUUGAGGUUGGCUGCAGAGGAUUUCCAGGACAGAGCCUGCACCGGUCACUCAGGCUACUUGGAAUCAGAGGUGCUCAAGAAAGGAAAGCCACCAGAAACAUCUGUGAGGCAGCUGAGAGAGCCUCAAGGUGGCUGUGGAUAAAAAGGGGCGACACAUGGCUUAGUGCGCUGCUUGGACACAAGUCGGGGUCUGAUCAGCCCCGGCUGGGUCGCCCAGGUGAGGGUGUUCAAUGAUCAAAGACCCGAAACACCCCGUGAUCUCUGGGUUCAUUGCUGAGGAUGUGU